UCCGCUCCACUAGUCUUCCUAAAAGACUAGUAGACCAAAUUUUCGUGGACUACCUCUCGUGAUUUCUACUGACCUCACGAAUUAGUUCCUCUUCGACCGGCGCGAGCGAGGCGACGCGAGAUGGAGCUUCUAGGCGACAGCGACGAAUGGGCUGACGUGGAGCCGCUACCGCAGGACGACGGUCCAGAUCCCGUAGUGCCGAUCGCGUAUUCGCGCGAGUUCGACGACGCGAUGAGUUACAUGCGCGCCGUUCUCGCGAGCGGCGAGCGCACCCCGCGCGUCCUGCGCUUGACGGAGCGCGUUAUCUCCGUCAACGCCGCCAGCUACACCGCCUGGCAGCUCCGACGAGACGUGCUCUCGCACCUGCUGUCGUCAGCCGAACCGGUCGCCACGUCAGCAGAACUGUCGUCCACGUCAGCAGGCGGAAGUCCAGGAAAUUAUCUGCCGGAUUUGUCCAAUUCGGAGGAGAAGGAGAAGGUUACCGCUGAUUCAGGAGCUCGCCUUGAAGGGGAUUGGCUGGUUCAAGAUGAAGUGCUUUAUGCCGAAAAUGUGACUCUAGCGAAUCCCAAGAAUUACCAGGUGUGGCACCAUCGCCGCUGGUUGGCUGGUCUUCGCAAAGAUCGGGUUACCAGGCAUCACGAACAGAUGCAGCAGCAGCAACAGGAGGAGGAGGAAGGAGCUUCGAAGCCAGCGUCCCCGUUACAGCAAAAUCCGUUACAAUCUCUGGCUGACGUGGCACAGGAAGAGUUCCGUUUCUGCGAAGAGGCGUUGCGAGGGGAUUCUAAGAACUACCACGCGUGGUGCCACAGGCAGUGGGUGGCUCGGGAGUUUGACACGUGGCAUGGUGAGCUGGCGUUCUGUGAGAGGCUGCUGGAUGAUGACGUGCGUAACAACUCUGCGUGGAACCACCGAAUGUUUGUGCUGGAGCAUCUUAUAGCGAAGCAGAAGCAGAGAACAGGACAGCUGAGAGGAGGAAACAAGGAGGAGGAUACAGACAGUAGUGUUACACCGGUAACAACGGAGGAUGAGGCAGGAGCUGCUAGCCGCACAUCAGCUCUUGAUCAAAAGCCCGAUUCAGACAGUAGUGUUACACUGGUAACAGUGGAGGAUGAGGUGGCAUUUGCAGUGACUGCCAUCUGGCUCGCUCCCUCCAAUGAGAGCCCCUGGCGGUAUCUCCAAGGGCUGGUUCGUCUACAGGAGAAUGAAGCAGCAGGUGCUUAUAAUAAAGGCUAUUCGAAGCUUCAAGAGAUAUGCUUGGAUGUGUUGGGAAAGGAGCCGGAGUGUGUCCACGCAUUGGCAGCUCUUCUUUCUGUGCUUGGUAAAGGUUUUAUGUCUGACAGAGUGGGUUUGGUUCUGGGGUUGACCCAGGGUGCACGCGAUGAUGUUAAUACGUUAUGCAUGGAUGCAGCUGUAGCUGUCUGUGAGAAGCUUCAGAAGGUGGAUAAGAUUAGGUGGCGCUAUUGGGAGAUGAGGAAGAAGCAGUGCAUGUUAGCUGGGGGGAUAGGAGCAGCAGACGAAGGGAGUGCAGGGGGAGGGGGGGAAGGAGGGGAAGGAGGGGGAGGAGGGGGAGGAGGGGGAGGAGGGGGAGGAGGGGGAGGAGGGGGAGGAGGGGGAGGAGGGGGAGGAGGGGGAGGAGGGGGAGGAGGGGGAGGAGGGGGAGGGAAAGGAGGGGCAGAAGGAGAAGGCGAAUCAGGAGAGGGGAAAGCAGACAGGGGGAAUGCAGGAGAGGGGAGGGAAUGGGCGGGGGCACUGUAAUCGACCAACUAGACGGCUACAGAGAUUGGACGUU